GAUCCGAUCGGAAACCAAAAUAUUUUCCAGGAAUUUGUUUUCUCGGGAAAUUUCGAGGAAGAACUCGUUUUCUGUUAAACAUUGUUCGUGCUGUAUUCUUCGGGUAGCGGAGACACCGGAAAUUCGUGUAGUAUGGAAGCCUCGCAAGAUGGAUUGGAGCGAGACAAAUCAACUCCUUCGACUUCGCCUAUUCCCGUCGUCACCAAUUUCUGGAAAGAAUUUGAUUUGGAGAAGGAAAAAAGUGUGCUUGAUGAGCAAGGGCUUAGAAUAGCUGAAAAUCAAGAAAACAGCCAGAAGAACCGACGAAAGCUUGCAGAGAGCACGCGAGAUUUCAAGAAAGCAUCGCCAGAGGAAAAACUUAGCAUGUUUAAUUCUUUGCUCAAGGGUUAUCAAGAAGAAGUGGAUAAUAUUACCAAGAGGGCAAAGUUCGGGGAGAAUGCUUUUCUUAACAUCUAUCAGAAACUCUAUGAGGCACCGGAUCCUUAUCCUGCUCUUGCUUCGAUCGCUGAGCAAGAUCGUAAAUUAUCUGAACUGGAAUCUGAGAACCGCAAAAUGAGACUUGAACUUGAGGAAUUCAGGACAGAAGCAACUCAUCUGAAAAACCAGCAGGCGACAAUAAGACGACUUGAAGAAAGGAACCGCCAGCUGGAGCAACAGAUGGAGGAAAAAAUAAAAGAGGUUGUUGAGAUCAAGCAAAGAAAUCUUGCUGAGGAAAAUCAGAAAACACUGGAGGUUUUAAAAGAGAGGGAGCAAGCUUUGCAAGAUCAGCUGAGGCAAGCACAAGAAAGUGUCUCCACUAUGCAAAAAUUGCAUGAGCUUGCACAAAGCAAACUUUUUGAACUCCGCGCUCAAUCAGACGAAGAAAGGGCUGCAAAGCAUUCAGAAGUUAAUUUACUGAUGGAUGAAGUGGAGCGUGCUCAAACCCGACUCCUUACUCUUGAGAGGGAGAAGGGACUUCUGCGCUCUCAGCUGCAAUCAGCUAAUGAAGAUACAGAAGACAAGAAAAGUGACAACCUCAAUUCAAAUAGUAUCCUGGAGAACUCUUUAACUGCAAAAGAGAAGAUUAUUUCUGAGCUAAACAUGGAAAUUCACAAUAUUGAAACCGCUUUAUCAGAUGAACGUGAACGUCACGUUGCGGAGAUAAAAAAGUUGAAUUCAGUGCUCAAUGAAAAGGAUACCAUCAUUGAAGAGAUGAGGAAAGAGCUACAAGAAAGACCAACAGCAAAAUUAGUUGAAGAUCUACGUAAAAAAGUGAAAAUUCUGCAGGCUGUAGGUUACAAUUCAAUUGAGGCCGAAGACUGGGAUGCAGCUACAAGUGGUCAAGAGAUGAGCAAAAUGGAGUCGCUGCUUCUUGAUAAAAACAAAAAAAUGGAACAUGAGCACACCCAAUUAAAGGUCCAAUUUUCUGAGAGAACAGCUUUGCUUGAGAAAGCUGAAGAGAAGGUAGAAGAACUGACAGCUAAGGUUAAUGAACAGCAAAGGCUGAUACAGAAGUUGGAGGAUGACAUUUCGAAGGGUUACAGUUCAAAAGAUCGAAAGGGCUCUCUAUUUGAUGACUGGGAAUUCUCAGAAGCAGGUGGUACUACUGAGCAGUCCGAGCACCCAGAACAGAAACAUGUUUCAUCUGAUCAAGAUCAAAGCUCAAUGCUAAAAGUUAUCUGUAGCCAGAGGGAUCGGUUCCGAGCACGAUUACGGGAGACAGAAGAGGAACUAAGGCACUUAAAGGAGAAGAUAGGUUUGUUAACAGAUGAACUUGAAAAGACCAAAGCUGACAACGUCAAACUCUAUGGAAAAAUCCGUUAUGUGCAGGACUAUAACCACGAGAAAGUUGUUUCCCGUGGGUCGAAGAAACUUGUGGAAGAUCUCGAAAGUGGGUUCAGCUCGGAUGUGGAAUCAAAAUACAAGAAAAUAUAUGAGGAUGAUAUCAACCCUUUUGCUGCAUUCUCGAAAAAGGAAAGAGAGCAACGGAUCAAAGAGUUGGGCAUCAGAGAUCGGAUUACACUCAGCAGUGGACGCUUUCUUAUGGGAAACAAAUACGCAAGAACAUUCGCAUUCUUCUACACGAUCGGACUGCACAUACUCGUUUUCACAUGUCUCUACCGCAUGUCAGCUCUCAGCCAUCUCAGUAAUGGAGCUGAGGAGACUCUCAUGGCAGAAACAACCACAAAUCUCCCACAUGCUCUUUAACCUCCUUUCCCUCCCCAUUCUCUCUCUCUCUCUCUUUUUGUUUCUCUUCUCAAGGUAAAGGUGUGAAUGGGAUUUUAUGGGUUUUUUUGUGUAUGUGGGAAUGGAGAGACUUACAUAAAUGGAAAUAAUAAUACAGAGAUGUACGGUCGAACUUCAGGAUUAUAUUUUAUGACAUGAGAGAUGA